AUGGCCGCCUCGGACCAGCAGCUCGUCCUCCCCAUCAUCGACUCCCACAUCCAUCUGUACCCCUCGUCCGAGCUCGACACCCUCGCCUGGACGCACCCCGAGCACCCGCUCCACGGGCAGCGCUCCCUCGAGCAGUACAAGGCCGACACCCAGACAGCCCCGUCCCUGCUCGGCUUCGUCCUUGUCGAGGCGGACCGCAAGCACGACCUCGCCAGCCCUGACGGCGCCUCCGGAUGGGCCGCGCCCCUGCAAGAGGUCCGCUGGGCCCGCCGCAUAGCCCUCGGCGAGCCCCGCGACGGCGAGGGCCACACCGCCGACGACAAGAAGCUCUGUCUCGGCAUCAUCCCCUGGGCGCCGCUCCCCAGCGGGCCAGCCGUGCUCGAGAGGUACCUAAAAAAGGUCGAGGAGGAGGCGGGCGACGCCUGGCCCAAGGUCAAGGGGUUUCGGUACUUGCUGCAGGAUAAGCCCAACGGCACCAUGCUGGAGCAGGACUUUGUGGAUAGUCUAAAGCUGCUCGGCCGUCGAGGCUUUGUGUUUGAGGUUGGCGUGGAUCACCACCGUCGCGGACGGAAACAGCUGGAUGAGUUGAUUGAGCUCGUGGACCGCGUGCACGACGGCGUACCAGAAGAUGAAAAGGUUAAACUCGUUAUUAACCAUCUCUGCAAGCCCGACUUGUCCAUCUACAACCUCACCACCGACGCCUCAUUCCUCGCCUGGCGCACCACCAUCUACGCCCUCGGCAAGGUGCCCCGCGUCUACAUGAAGCUCUCGGGCGCCCUCUCCGAGAUGCCCCCGGCCCUCCGCGCCCAGGACGCCGCCCACAUCUUCCAGUCCACCUUUGGCUGGCUCGGCGUCGUCCUCGCCACCUUUGGCCCCCGCCGCAUCAUGUUUGGCAGCGACUGGCCCGUCUGCACCGUCGACAUGCCCGACGGCCAGGGCUGGACAAGGUGGAAGGAGGUGGUCGACAAGAUGUGCUGGAUGGCGUCGCUCGACGACGACGAGCGCGCCAUGAUUUAUGGCGGCACCGCCAAGGAAGCGUACGGUCUGUAA